AUGCAGGCUCUGGCUGUGGAGGGGCCUCAGUGGGACGCGGGGAGGCAGCUGUCGGGCAAGAUCCUCUCACUGGACAGGCAAGGGGCUAAGAAAGUGCUGGAGAUCUACGUCAGGCGCUCGCUGAGCUGCUGCGAAAACUCGUUGGUGGCCCAAAAAAGGCGUCAGGAGAGAGCCAGAGAGCGAGGGAGGAAGGCAGGCAGGCUGCAACGGUCGAAAAGCGACUUCUGCAAUUAUUCAUGUGCCAGACUCAGCCCGAAGAAGGACCAGGAGGAGGGACCCAAAACACCAGACCUGGAUGAGGCUUUGGAUGAUGACAGCAAAGCUCCCGGGGAGGUCCCUAAAGAGGAGCCAAAGCCCAAGAAGAAAAGCACAAAAAAUUCUUCCCAGGGCAAAACCCAACGCAGCUGGUUCAAAAGUUUCUUAAAUUUCCUCCUGAAGAAGAGCCCUGAGGACCCGAAGGAAAACACAGGGCAAAAAGCAAAGGAGAAAGAUGCCAAAGCUCCUCACAGCUCCAAACCAGAAGGGGCUAAAAGACCUGGAGGAGAAUCAAGCACGUCCCCACCGCUGGGCAGAGCCCCGAAGAGGAGACCCACCCUCAAGAAGGUUUUCUCCUUCAAGAAGCACACAGAGGAGGAGCAGGGAGAGGAGGCAGCCGGGGCGAGGGCCAAGCGACCCAGCUGCCUUCCCCUGCGGCACGUCCACGCGCCGGUCACGCCAGCAGACGUGGAGCAGCCCGACGGUUACUAUGCACGAGUCUCAGAAGAGAUCGGGCUGAUCGUGCAGGGCAGCGAGAGCCAGGGGAGCAGAGCACGUGGAUGUGGGGAGCCACCACAGCCAGCCUGCGCUGAUGGUGUUGAUGAAGCCAUCAGGAGAAUUGUUGCCCUGAUCCAGAGUGCGGGAAAUGAGCUGGACAGGCAGGUGAAGAAAGAUGCACAGCUACAGAUGUUCUUCAGAGACAUGUCCUACAGCUCCUUCAAGAACUUGGCCGAUGCCUACGUCCACAAGGAAAUGACAGCCAACAGACCCGACGUCAACCCCCAAGAGAUCCAGUUUGCUUUCGCAGUGCACCUCACCGCCAAGGUGGCGGGCAUCUGCAACCAGGCAGUGAACAGGAUCAUGGGCUUCGGCACCCGCUACCUGCAAGAUUCCUUUGCACCCUUGUCCUACAGCAAAAUUCUCCAGGACAGAGAAAAGUUCAACACAGACAACUGCGAGAGCCCGGACUGA